AUGAGGAGCCUGUUGGUUUUGCUCUUCCUGGCUGCGGCCAAUGCCAAAAUCUUCGAGCGCUGUGAAUGGGCCUGCACGCUCAGGGCUAAUGGGAUAGAUGGCUACUAUGGAGUCAGCCUAUGGGAGUCUAACUAUAACACCAUGGCCCAAAACACCAACAAUGAUGGAUCAACUGACAUUGGGAUCUUUCAAAUUAACA